GAGGCUGGGGCGGCGGUGGAGCCCACGGUGAGAGAGGGAGUGUGAGGGAGCGAAAGGUGAGCUGAGGGGACGCAUUGCCGUGGGCCCCCGGUCUAUGGAGCGGGGUAAGAUGGCGGAGGCGGAGAGCCUUGAGACAGCGGCGGAGCACGAGCGGAUCCUGCGAGAGAUCGAGAGUACCGACACGGCCUGCAUCGGGCCCACGCUCAGGUCUGUCUAUGAUAGUGAGGAACAUGGACGAUUCAUGGAGAAGCUUGAAACUCGCAUCCGCAAUCAUGACCGAGAGAUUGAGAAAAUGUGCAACUUUCAUUACCAGGGCUUUGUGGACUCUAUAACUGAACUACUGAAAGUGCGAGGAGAAGCCCAGAAACUCAAAAAUCAAGUGACGGAUACUAAUAGAAAACUACAACAUGAGGGAAAGGAACUGGUAAUAGCAAUGGAAGAGCUGAAGCAGUGUCGACUACAACAGAGAAAUAUUUCUGCCACUGUUGAUAAAUUAAUGCUGUGUCUUCCAGUCUUGGAGAUGUACAGCAAACUGAGGGACCAGAUGAAAACUAAAAGGCACUAUCCUGCACUGAAAACUCUGGAACAUUUAGAGCAUACUUAUCUGCCACAAGUAAGCCAUUAUCGAUUCUGCAAGGUGAUGGUGGACAACAUCCCCAAACUUCGAGAAGAAAUAAAAGAUGUUUCUAUGUCCGAUCUCAAAGACUUUCUGGAGAGCAUCCGCAAACAUUCAGACAAAAUUGGAGAGACUGCCAUGAAACAAGUACCUGGGGCCCAAGAUUUGGUGGAUUUUUCUCCUGUUUAUCGAUGUCUACACAUAUAUUCUGUACUGGGUGCCCGGGAAACAUUUGAGAACUACUACAGAAAACAGAGGCGAAAACAAGCUCGUUUGGUGCUCCAGCCUCCAUCCAACAUGCAUGAAACUUUAGAUGGCUACAGGAAGUAUUUCAAUCAAAUUGUAGGAUUUUUUGUGGUUGAAGAUCACAUUUUACAUACAACCCAAGGCUUAGUAAAUAGAGCCUACAUCGAUGAACUAUGGGAAAUGGCACUUUCAAAAACCAUCGCAGCACUCCGUACUCACUCGUCUUACUGCUCUGAUCCAAACCUCGUGUUAGAUUUGAAGAACCUCAUUGUGCUUUUUGCUGACACACUUCAGGUAUAUGGUUUUCCUGUAAAUCAGCUUUUUGACAUGCUGUUAGAAAUCAGAGACCAGUAUAGUGAAACUCUGCUAAAGAAGUGGGCAGGUAUUUUCAGAAACAUACUUGAUUCUGACAACUACAGUCCUAUACCAGUAACAAGUGAAGAUAUGUAUAAAAAGGUGGUAGGACAAUUCCCAUUCCAAGAUAUAGAGAUGGAAAAGCAGGCAUUUCCAAAAAAGUUUCCGUUCUCUGAAUUUGUGCCAAAAGUUUACAACCAAAUUAAAGAAUUUAUCUACGCCUGUCUGAAAUUUUCAGAGGAUCUUCAUCUAAGUUCAACUGAAGUUGAUGACAUGAUUCGUAAAUCUACAAACCUGUUACUGACCAGGACUCUGAGCAACUCUCUACAGAAUGUCAUUAAAAGGAAGAAUAUUGGACUUACUGAGCUUGUCCAGAUUAUCAUCAAUACAACACACUUGGAGAAAUCCUGUAAAUAUUUGGAAGAAUUUAUUACCAAUAUCACUAAUGUGCUUCCAGAGACAGUCCACACCACCAAGCUCUAUGGGACCACAACUUUUAAGGAUGCUAGGCAUGCAGCUGAAGAAGAGAUUUAUACCAACUUAAACCAGAAGAUUGACCAGUUUCUACAGCUGGCAGACUACGACUGGAUGACAGGAGAUUUGGGCAACAAAGCUAGUGAUUACCUAGUAGACCUCAUUGCCUUUCUACGUAGCACCUUUGCUGUAUUCACACACCUUCCUGGAAAGGUGGCCCAGACAGCAUGUAUGUCAGCUUGUAAGCAUUUGGCCACAUCCUUGAUGCAUCUUUUGCUCGAAGCUGAAGUCAGACAGCUCACCUUGGGAGCAUUACAGCAGUUCAACUUGGAUGUCAGAGAAUGUGAACAGUUUGCCAGAUCCGGCCCGGUGCCUGGGUUCCAGGAGGACACGCUGCAGUUGGCCUUCAUCGACUUGAGACAACUUUUGGAUCUCUUCAUCCAGUGGGAUUGGUCAACCUACCUUGCUGACUAUGGUCAGCCCAGCUGCAAGUACCUCCGGGUAAACCCAGUGACAGCUCUGACCCUGCUUGAGAAGAUGAAGGACACUAGCCGCAAGAACAACGUGUUUGCACAGUUUCGGAAAAAUGAGCGAGACAAGCAGAAACUGAUUGACACUGUGGCCAAGCAGCUCCGGGGACUCAUCAGCAGCCACCACUCAUGAAGGCUCGUCUCAGGCCCACAGAGGCUGCUCGCUGCAGCUCCAUAGUCCGGGACCCAGCCCUGGCUAGCCCUUUAUUUGUGCAUUCUUCUUCAAAGAGAGCAUAUGUAUUUUUUUAUUAACCCUUGUACAGUAUUCACAUAACCUUUCCCUAUAGGAAAAGAGGCAUGAGAAUAAGCAAGUGCAUGAGAUGUCGCUAGGCUGGGACUCAGGGGAAGUUAUUGCUACACUGUCUGUAUUAUCCUAGAGAUGAUGGUAUCAGCAAUCCCAGUGUAAUGAGCCACCUUUCAUUCAGAGCUUAGGUCUGGGGUUCGGGAACUACAUAAAGUAAGGCCUUCACACUGGGAGAUAAGGUGGAUAGGCAAAAGGAUAUUCUGUUCAAUCUUGGGUGCCCCAUUCAUCACAUAGGUGAGGCUGAUUCUUUUUGAAGCAAGUUAAAGAAGACCCGGCAAACAUUACUAUUUAGUACAUUAAAGACUAACAUCGCAGUUCUGGAGGUCCAUCCCCUCAGACCACUGACUUUCGUUGGCUGGUGAGCAAACACGGCAUGCAGCAAGAUGACAGCUUCACUCCAAUCCCCAAAGGAUAAUAGUUUCUUUAGCUUAGAUCUGACCCAAGGUUUUUACUGCUAAUUUUUCUGGGACAGGAUAGAGCUGAGUAGGCAGUGGUAAUAACUAAACCCCAUGACUAGCUCCAGGUUGCUCUCAUACCAGGAAUGUUGAGUCUCAGCCCAAAGAGUUUUGCUGGAUCUUCAAAUCCACUGUUAAUGGAAUCAGAGCCUCAGUCCCUUCCCUGUUCAUCUCAUUUCCUUCUUUCAGGGUCAGGGCACUUGCUUCAGGGCACAGGUCAACAGUUAUUUCCUAUAGGUCCUCACAAAGAAUGCCAGAUUUGACCCUCUUCAGCAGUGUCAUUGGAAUAGGUCAGAUCCCAGCAGCCUGAAAAUAGCUCUCACUUUACCCUUAGGGCUGAGGGUUUCUUGGGAUUGUUCCUUCAUGUCUUAAAAUCAGCUUUCUGGCUACCUUAAAGGAAGUAUCACCAACUCUGCAGUGUGAGGGCAGCCACAGCUGGACUGGAUGCCUCUAGGGAUGGAGUCACUGUCACCAUGAAGUAGACCGGGCCAACCAUGGCUAGUGGUUUGUUGCUGUUGACCCAGUUGUCCCUCACUAAGUCACACCCAGGAUAUGAAGUUCUUCUUGCUCAAGCCCAAGGCUUUCAUCUUCUUUUGAGAUCCCCAAAGCCAUCUUUUGGCCUCGCCUGAGAAAGGUUGUCUAUAACCCUUAUCCCCCAAACUCUGGAGGUUGUACAGGAAGGCUGGCCUAGCUUAACUUAGAGGCUAUGUCCAUUGUCCCAGAUGGGCUCCUGAGACUCAAUGCAAGGGCUUUGUUAUGAGGUCAGUCAGAAGAACCUGCACUUUAAGACACUCCAAGAAGAUGCUAUUAUGGCUGCUGGCAAGAGUAUAAUUGUGCAUCACCAAUGACAGAUAUGCCACACUGGCAUUUCCAGCUUGGAUUAGUGGGAGGAGAGACUCAUCAAACAAAAUUCUUCAUUACCUUUGUCAGCUACUGAGUUGCUUCUGGGGAGGGCAGUGCUUCCUCUUUCACUCUGCACUCCCUACCCACAUCAUAUCCUAUCACAACUUGAAAACCAUGAGGAAGAGAAUAUGCACAAUGACAUCAGCCCUCCUUAAAGCUUGAGAGAUCAGGCUGCAUGUGAGCUCUGCAGAAGCCUGCUAAGGUUCAUCCUGAGGACUUUACAGUUGGUCUUAGGAUGAAGGGCCUCAGGAUGAAGGUCAGGGAUGAGUGCUGCCACCGAGAACUCCAUAAGCCAAGGAAGGCGGGGCCUUAUGAGAGUGAGGCCCAGGAUACCAUCUUCUCCCAAGCUCUGGAUUUUGUUGAAAACAGCAAGAAAUGACUGCACCAAUCUGAAGUCCUGUUGCUUGAGAAGGACCCAAAGCACCCUCCUUCACUAGUUCCCUGUUUUGGGGCAGGAUCUGUUCAGCUUUGAGUGCUGAGACUUUGAAGUGGGAAGGGAGAGUAUCUUAAGCAUGUUAUAGUUUCAAUCUUUUUAGAGAAUUAUCAUUGCUGAUUUGGUCUGAAACCUCUAUCCUGGAAGAACUGUGCUAUCGAGGGAAAAAUGAGUAGGGUGGAGAAAUGGUGAUUACCCUGCGCCUUGCACAUGGAAGUCCCUCUAAAGGAAAAGCUUAUUCAAGCUCAAGACUUAUAUGGAUGGCCCCUUUGGUCAUCUCCUCUUCCCUUUCAGUCUGCCUUCACUCUUCCCUAACAGAAAACAACAUGAUGCUACUCAGUUUUGUGUAGAGGCACUCUUGGUCGUCAGAGGAAGGUAAAAACGGGGACCAGCAAUGUCAAAGUUAUUUAAGUUGGUGAAUUGGUAUUUUUUAGUCUUUUGUCUCAAGGCUGACGCAGCCUUGAGAGGAUUUGUGCUAAGCAUGUGUGCCUAUGCCCCUCAGACUGCUAAGAUUUGGCCUCAAAUGCUCAGAGAUGUAGAAAUGGCCCAGAGGCUUCAAUAAGAAGGCAAGAACAUGGGUGGCUGGAGGCCUCCCUGCCUUCUAGUCAGUAUGAACCCUCGGCCAAGUUCUUGGGGAAACCAGGUUUGUGUUCCUGAAAGAACAGUCUGGUUUUGGACCCUAGUGGGUUUCAGUAACAAUAUAGGCAUCUUGCAUAGUUUUAACAUUCAUAGGAGAAUCUCUUUGAGCAGACUAUAACUGCUAUUGGAGGUGGGGAAGAACAGGACCUAGAAAUUGGAACCAGUGGAGAGUCCCUGUUGGCAAAGGGAAUGGACAGCUUCCAAGAAACGCUCACCAGUGUUUUCGUUGCAUACCAGGCCUAACAGUCUUCCAGGUCUCAAAGUCAGCCUAGCUUCGCUGCACGCUUGACAAGUGCUUUCUCAGCAAGUCCCAGACCCAGGGCCCUUCUUCCCCCGAGAUUGGCAUUGGCCAUGACCUUCCUUAUAAGGCCUCUGAGCACACUCCCUGGGGCAUGCUGCAGAGAUUGCCUACCUUAGCCUUCCUUCUCCCAGGACUCUUCCUGGCAGCUUCAGUUGCUUCUCUCUUUUUUUUUUUUUUUUGGCCUGUGUUCACAAUUAUUUUUCACUAAUAUGUUGGGAAAUGACCUUUUUAUUUUGCACAAAUAGUUGCACAUUUAUGGAGGAAAUUUAGAAAAGUUCAUUUUUAACUUUAAAGGGAAAUCUUUUCUUUAAAACUCACUAAUAAAGUUACUGAUGCAGAUGGGCCGCAUGGUUAGUAGAAAACCGAUGUGGAAAGAGCAUGUUUAUUCCUCCUGUACGUUUUCCUCUGUUAACUGCUAUUAAACAAGAGAGCCUAUGUACCUGUUUAAAAAGCCAGAGUGUUGUCUCAUGGUUUUUUUGUUUUGUUUUGUUUUUGUUCUUCCAUCCCUUUUGUA